CCUCUAGAGGUCAGUCUGUAGACCUAGGUAGUAGUGUAGUCCAACUAAAGACAUUGGAUCACUUCUGAAAAGUGGAUGUCCGGCACGCAAGUUUAGGAUUUGUCUCAUCAAUGAGAGAGUUAUGGCGUACUGCGAUUCUAUCGUUGACAAAUAAUCUAAAGUAGCCUACUAGAGAUCAAACAUUCAAUCGUAGAGGCAGACUUGGAUCCAUCACCACUGGGAUUGAACUUUUCCGCGUGAAUCUCGACACAUUGAAACGUUGUGCCUUCUCUUGAGUUCUGUGAGGGCUUUGGCGUUAGGCGGACGUCAUGCUUGUGAAAGAGUAUCGCAUAUGCAUGCCUCUGACGGUGGAAGAGUACAGGAUAGGGCAGUUGUACACAAUUAGCAAACACAGCCACCAGGAGAGUGACACAGAGGAGGGGAUUGAAGUUCUCAGGAAUGAACCACAUUAUGACCCAGCGCAUGGGCAGGGUCAGCUCACAGAGAAGAGAGUUCACCUGUCCAGCAAGCUUCCAAGCUGGGCCCGCACCUUCGUCCCACGUAUUUUUUACAUCACGGAAAAAGCCUGGAAUUAUUAUCCCUACACUAUAACGGAAUACACGUGUUCCUUCUUGCCAAAGUUCUCAAUCCAUAUCGAGACGAAAUAUGAAAACAACUGUGGAACCAGCGACAAUAUUUUUGGCCUGGAAAAAGACAGCUGUGCCAUAGAGGUGGAUGCCUUGGACAUAGCCUACGAUGCCUUCCCCGAGAGGCACUACAACCUCUCAGAGGACUUGAGGUGCUUCGCUUCGAUGAAGACUGGCAGAGGGCCACUCCAGGAAGACUGGAGAGGGACCUGCUCCCCCGUCAUGUGCUCCUAUAAGCUGGUGCGAGUCCAGUUCGAGGUGUGGGGCCUGCAAACCCGGGUAGAACAGUUCAUCCAUAAGGUAAUUAGGGACGUGUUGUUGGUUGGACACCGGCAGGCGUUUGCCUGGGUGGAUGAGUGGUACUCCAUGAAGCUAGAAGACGUGCGGAUGUUUGAGGAUGAAAUGCAUGUGGCCACCAACCAGAAGAUCGGAUGUAGAGAGACGUAAUCACUCAGCUGAAUUCCACCAACUGGUUUAUUUGAGGAAAAUCGGAGCCGCAGACCUCUCACGGCGCUGAUGUCCGGCUCACUUACGGCCUGAGCUCUCCCCUGGACAUUCCUGCUCAAACUGGUGGGGGUGGGGGGGGGGCAGGUAGAGCGAGGGGCGCUGGAUUGCACCCCACCCCAUAUCAACCCACCCGCCCAUCCAUCCAUCCAUCCUCCAUCAUCAUACUCCUGCUGCCUACAGUACAUUCCUCCAGAUCAAAGAGCCCUCCCAUACAGAACCAGACUUUUGACUCACCCUUCUGUUUUUUUCUCUGUUCUAUCUGCUAGAUUGUAUAAAUAAAUGAGCAAAAAACUAA